CAGAUACAAAUAAGCUGUAGCGUAUAUAUAAGGAAAACUUACAUUUAGGUCUAAUCAAAAACAGUAUGUAUCGAUUCUUCUUAAGAUGAGUGAUAUAGACACCUCCAUUUCAGUGAAAGGCACAGUGAAUGGACAUUCAAAGAAUACAGGUAAAAUUCUCAAUGACGACGUAUCAUCUUAUCAUUCCGCAGUUGAAGAUGAUACUAUUUCAACAAGUAAUGAUUCUGGAGUAACAUUUCCAUCCAUUGAGAAUUUACUUGAACAAAAUGAAAGUGUGGACAAUAAUUUGUUGACUUCUACAUCCGAAGAAGAUCUGGUUUUAGAAAAUACCAUCCCUCGGUCUCUGAAAUCGAACAAUGAAAGUGAUUCUCCCAUCUCAGACUAUGAAACAGAGUCUUCCAAAUCUUUAGUCAUCCUCUCUUCAAGUCAUUUCCUUACUGACUCACCAGCCAAUACAACGAAACCUCUUGACGCACGUGAUACAAGUUGCACCAAUGAUGCGGCCAUUAUUGACGCACGUGAUACAAGUUGCACCAAUGAUACGGCCAGUAUUAACGCACGUGAUACGAGUUGUACCAAUGAUGCAGCCAGUAUUAACGCACGUGAUACGAGUUGCACAAAUGAUGCAGCCAGUAUUAACAAAAGCUUUAUAAAGCAGCUUAUUAGAGAUGCGUAUAAAAAAGACGGUGCCGACAUGUAUGACGGAGAAAGCAACGACACAUGGCAACCUCGUGCCCAAUCUUCCCCAGCACGAAAAGCAACUCGUCAGAAAAUUUUAAUAAGGGAACUCUCUUUCGAUGAAUUACAAGAUGUGCAAGGUAUCGAUUUGAUGGCGCCUGUUUUUUUGGCUGUCACUGAUGAUGCUGACGAUAAUGUAAAUGAUCUGAGGAGAAAAGCGAAAUCAAUCGAAGACUUGUGCAGCACAACGUACGACGACGGUUUAGACUUCCGGCAAAGAAGCAGAUCCGAACUACCGCCGGGUUAUAAGGACAGGAAAAAAAGGAUAACGAGUCCUGCACAUGACACCAACUUUUAUAACUACGAAGAUAGUGAUACUGAUUAUAGUAUAGACGAUGCGAAAAGUCGUCUCACCAGCUUAAGUGUUCAAAGUAAUGCUUCUUUUGAUGACGAUAUAAACAUGGCGUCUGUUAGCGACCAAUAUAAUGAGUCUCUCGAUGAUUCUCUUGAAGAACGCGCCAUUAUGGAUGUAUUUAUAAACAAUGGGAUGUACGAUGAGGCUGAUGUCGAGGCGAUCAAUGCGAUGGAUGAGAAUAACUUAGAUGCUCUCAAACGAAUGAACGAAUCGCUCAUUUUUGGCGAGCAGAACUCUACAAAAAGUUCAGUUGCAACAUAUGAUGACGAAAAACAUGAGAAAUCGCCACGUCCAAAUUCGUUAAAUCUUGCAAAGGGAAACGAUACUGACCUAAAUAUGACACCAGUGAACGUUUCAGCCACAGCCAGCGGAUUUUGGGAAUAUCCUUGCACCGACAGUCCCGUUGCAAAAAGUCCUUCUUUUGCUAAUUAUAAUCGCCAGUUGAGUUUUAACACUUCACCUAAAUCUUCCAUGGUUAGUACAAGCGUCCACGAUAGAUUUAUUGUGGUUAGUGUGGCUGGCCAGCAGAAAGUUGUUGACAUGCAGCUGAUUGAACCGUAUUUGAAAGUACUCUCACAUGGAGGACAUCACAGAGUGGGAACGAAAUGUCACGUCUUAGUAGUUUUCACUGCAUGUUACCUACCUACGAAAUACACAGACAAAUAUCAUAUCAUUAUGGAACAACUUUUUUAUUAUUUUGUACAUGCCGUCAACUUGCUGGUGACAGACACGUACGAAAUUGUGUACUUCACUUCUGCUGUGGAUGGGAAAAAUAUGCCGUCACAUGCAUGGAUCAAACAGUGUUAUGAUAUGCUGGAAUAUAGAUUAAAGAAAAGUUUACAAGUUGUCUAUUUUGUCCAUCAAUCAAUAUGGCUGAAAACUAUCCUUCGCUUCUCAAAGUUAUUUGUAAGCUCAAAGUUUAGAAGGAAAAUCCGUUUCAUUAAAAAUAUAAAGACUUUGCAAAAACACAUUCCGUUAGAAUAUAUUUUCAUUCCACCUGAAAUACACCAGAUCGACAAAAGAUUUAGCUGAUAUGUAAAUAACGUGAAGAUUGAUUUUAUGCACUUUAUCACUGUCCAAAUUUUCGCUUUCACCAAACACGGUAGAACUAUGAAUUUGUUGAUUAUUGAUAUAUUAUAAAGGCGAAAACUUUUGCCACGUAGACCAAUUUUUCGGAGGUGAACUGUAGCGUUUAUUUGACCGCUAUCCACAUGUUGUUUUAUGGUUAUUUGUUGGGGCCGGGUGGGGGUAUAAAAGAUGUACAUAUGUAGAAUAUAGUAGUCUCGGAAUCUAACUUUCGCAGUUAUUGUAAUUUGUUAAAUAGGUAAAUUAUAGAAAAUGCUGCGUUAUCAAAGUAAAAUCUAAUCUGGUUUCAAAUCUAGAACUAAUUCCUUUCCUCGUUGAGACAAUAGAUGGUUCGGGGUGUUUCAAACUACCUGUUGUAUGUACGAGACAGAAUAAGACAUUUUUUAUCUCAAGAGUUGCUCAUUCAAUGCUGGGUACUAAAUUGACAAAAAACACGUUGUUCUCCUGUUCCACAGGUUUCAAGGAUUUCUCUCUCCUCCUUGGUGUGGAUUUUAUUUUCAUAACGCACAUAAAUUUUUAUUUUUCUACUAGUUGAAAUGGAGUUUGGUAUUCGUUAAUUUGCAUUUAAUACUUAAUAUAUUUUCAAGAAAUUAUAUGUAUUUUUGAUAAUUAAUGUAACUAGUAGCUGUUUAAGCAAUUUGGAAAAUACAUUUCAUUACUAUGC